CGCGAACUUGCAAGAUCCACACUCGCGAUCCCUUCGCGCCGCGAUUCGUUUACGAGCCGAUUAAUCUGAACUGUCAUAACCUUCUAUGGCGGCUACUUGGUUAUAUUGGGUGCGAACUUGAUCAACCAAAAAUCAAUUACAGUUACCAGUUUAAAUCAGUGCCUUGCCGCUAACUAAAUCCGAUCAGCUGACGCUUCGGCGCCAUCUUGCCGCGAACCAAACUGCGAAAUCGCCGUAAAGUUGUGCGAGUGUGGAGUCUACGUCAACGUCGCGUCGCGGUAUGUUCCCUCCGCGAAGUCGCGCCGCGAUUCACGCGCAUAGUCUGGAGGGUAGGAAGGGAAUAUGUAAUGCACGUAUGUUGGUUUUUCGAGGAUAAUUCUCUAUCAUGUGAACCGAUUUCAAAAAUUGAUCUUUUACUUGAAGGUAAAUAAAGGUGUAUUUAAUGUAACACGUAAAGUUGGUUAAAUUGCAAACUGAAAUCGGAAGGGUUUUUUAUUAAUAAUACUUAAUAUUUAUUGAGAUAACAAUAUACAUAAUGGAUAUAUACAGAUGAUUACUAUAACUAGCUUAUAUCUAAAAUAGGCCCUUGAGGCAUUGUACCAAGAAUGCUGGCGGCAUUUCCUCGUUGUAUCGCAAUACUGAUACGUUGUGCGAGGAAGCCGCCAGCUCUUCGGUCACCAGUUACGUCAACCAGACGUUUCGCGAUUUCUCCAAAAAACUUGUUACAAUUUAUUUAUUAAAAAAACCAAUUACCAAGAUAGAGGUCUGAUUAUAUUUUUCCUGUAAAAUUUAUAGUAAAGUUAAUAUUAUGUAAAAAUUUCAUAAUUUUUCGUCGCGCACGCUCCCUAUAUAUAGAUUCGUCCUUCUUCUAUAAGAGCUUUAAAAAUGUACCCUUGCAACAUUAGUUGCUUAGCAACGAAAUAUUCAAUUUGUUGACAGACGGAAUGUCAUAAUCAUAACAUAACAAUGCUGUUGUAUUGUUCGAAUCAAUACUCAAAUGUUUAUUGAAUAGACUUAAAAACUACUAAGGAUAUAAGUAUAAUGCUGAAGAUAUAACAAGGAAUAUAACCCAAAUAAAUUCUCCAUCAACGUUAUGAAGUUGUUAACUUUAUUUACUUACAAUGUGGAAAUUCAGUACAAAAGCUACCUUCUAUCGAAAGCAAUGUUUUUCAUAUUGCUGACAAAUGGACUUAUUAUUAUCUUGCCAUUCGUUUUUGCAUACGGGGGUCGAGGGUUUUGGUUGAAGUCCCAGAGUUACUUUGAACAACCGGUGGUACAUUUUACAUACGACUACUUGUUAGUGGCUGAGACCGAUGAUCCUAGUCAGCCAAUAGUGUGUGGUAAUGACAAUUAUGACCAUGAUGAAUACUGUGCUGAAUUUCAGGUGGAUGAGCAUGAUAACAAUGGUGAUGGAAAUAAUGAUGUAUUGGAACUCAAAUUUCUUCUCCAAAUUCCUCCAGUCAAGACAUUAGCUUCUAUAGUUCUAGUUUUAGAAGUGGACUUCCAAUUAAAGACUGUAUGCCCACUUCACAUGCAAGGUUUAGCAAUAAUAAAUAAGGAAUUUUCUCUACCACCCUCUGCAUUAACUUACUACGGAGACUUGACAUUACAUCAGGCCUCCCACUUGCCAUGUCAUCCCAAUACUAUAGACACUAUGUACAAUACAUCUUUAUUCAGAUACUUGGAAAAGAAAGAUAAAGAUGUUGUAGAUGCUAUUUUGGAGGAAUAUUUUAUCAGAGAAGCUAUUAUUGACACGAAGACAUUACACUCUAGGAGUCAAAAUGGGCAUACUGGAGCAAUGAAUAUCAAAAUACGAUUAAGAAUACCCGAGACACUGGUACUGUAUACACCAAGCCUUCUGCAGGAACUGAAAUGGGCAUGGCCACAGUAUCUAUCUAUGGCAGUAGUACUUCACUGGAUUUUUAAUAGAAUCAAAAAGUUUGUUUUCAGGAAUCGCUUACUAAUGGCAUGGGAAGUAGUUGCAUGGAAGAAACUUUAACUACAAAUCUGCAUAGUUACAUGUAUAGCUUACAUAUAAUUUUCCGCAUUUACCAAAAAUAAAGGAAUAAGUAAGUUAAUAAUAAUCCCAGAGACUACAUACUUAAUAGGCUGAUAUUUUCAUUUAGAAUAUUAAGAUAAUAAUAUGUACCUAAUAAUAUAAAUAGUAAUAAAUAGGUAAUUUAUGUAAUGUUUUAAUUUUGCUAAUGUUGUAAUUGAUUUCAAAUAAACAAAUGA